ACUCAAUUGUCAAAGUCAAACCAUGUUGGCACAAUCUCAACCCCAACCCCAAAUGAAUCAACCUCCAUAACCACAACCCGAAAACCUCACCAAACUCGACCCGAACUCAACCCGAAUUCAUUCACAAGCACAAUCGCACAUUAUAGAAUCUCUCACAAAAAUAUCCAUUUCAUUCUUCCUCAAUCAUUUCUUCACGCGAUUGCGUAAUAAUAAUAAUUAUAAUAAUAAUAUCUUCAACCUAAUCUCCUUAUUCUUCCACAAAUCAAUCGAUUCAGUAACCUAGAUCCACAACAAUCUUCAACAGUCUGCAUCAUCUGCAACAAUUUGUAACUGUUUUCACCGUAUGACGUCAUCAGCGAUCGAAUCUGUAACCCUAGAUCUAUAAAAUCUGUAAAUCUGUACAAUCUGUUCGGUUUUCGGUACGAUUUGUGAUGAGUUUAAGCGAUUAACGAUUGAUUUGUGUGCGUAUGGCGUCGCCGGCGGUAGAACAACCGGCGGAUCAGCAUCACCGGCCGGCGAACUGUUGUAAUCCGGUGAAUAAGCCGGGACCGGUGACGAUGGACCACGUGUUAGCGGCGUUAGGAGAGACGAAGGAGGAGAGAGAGACGAGGAUUCGGAGUUUGUUUAGCUUUUUUGAUACGUCGAACGCAGGUUAUUUGGAUUCGAAUCAGAUCGAGGUAGGAUUAUCGGCGUUGCAGAUUCCGUCGGAUUAUAAGUAUGCGAAGGAGUUGCUUAGGGUUUGUGAUGCGAAUAGAGAUGGAAGAGUGGAUUAUCAGGAGUUUAGGAGGUAUAUGGAUGAUAAGGAGCUUGAAUUGUAUCGGAUUUUUCAAGCGAUUGAUGUGGAGCAUAAUGGAUGCAUUUUGCCUGAGGAGCUUUAUGAUGCUCUUGUUAAGGCAGGGAUUGAACUUGACGAUGACGAAUUAGCUAGUUUUGUCGAACGUGUCGAUAAAGAUAACAACGGAAUAAUAACUUUCGAAGAAUGGCGAGACUUUCUUCUACUUUAUCCACAUGAAGCAACAAUCGAAAACAUCUACCAAUAUUGGGAACGCGUAUCACUAGUAGAUAUAGGAGAACACGCUGUCAUUCCAGCUGGCAUCAGUAAGCAUGUCCACGCCAGCAAAUAUCUAAUCGCCGGCGGGGUGGCCGGGGCCGCCUCUCGUACCGCCACCGCGCCAUUGGACCGUCUUAAAGUCGCCCUACAGGUUCAAACAACUCACGCUGCAAUUGUUCCGGCGGUUAAGAACAUAUGGAAGGAAGGUGGGAUUUUAUCGUUUUUUCGAGGUAACGGGUUGAAUGUCGUUAAGGUUGCCCCGGAGAGUGCGAUAAAGUUUUACACUUACGAGUUGUUGAAGGACUUCAUCGGUGGUGGAGAUAAGGACGAUAUCGGAACUUUAGGGCGGCUUCUGGCUGGUGGUAUCGCGGGUGCGGUUGCGCAAACGGCUAUUUAUCCGAUGGAUUUAGUGAAAACGCGGUUACAGACUUACGUUUGUGACGGUGGUAAGGUUCCGAGUUUGGGGAAACUUUCGAAGGAUAUUUGGGUUCAUGAGGGCCCGCGGGCUUUUUAUAAAGGGAUUGUUCCAUCUCUUCUUGGAAUUAUUCCGUAUGCGGGAAUUGACUUGGCUGUUUAUGAGACGUUGAAAGAGAUGUCGAAAACUUAUAUUUUUGUUGAUAGUGAUCCUGGUCCUCUAGCUCAAUUGGGGUGUGGGACUGUUUCAGGGGCACUUGGAGCCACCUGUGUGUACCCGUUGCAAGUUGUCAGGACAAGGAUGCAAGCACAUCGGCAUGGUGGCGCUAAUGCAUACAAUGGGAUGACUGAUGUGUUCAUGAAAACUUAUCAAAACGAAGGGGCACGCGGUUUCUACAAAGGACUUUUUCCAAAUCUUUUGAAAGUUAUUCCAGCUGCCAGCAUUACAUAUAUGGCUUAUGAAGCAAUGAAAAAGACACUAGAUCUUGAAUGAUCAUGAUGACAAUGAUGAUGAUGAUGACGACGAUGAGAAUGAAAGUAGAAUAAUAAAUAGAUAAUAUGCCCAUUGUUGGAGUUUACAUGAUGGGUGUUAACUUCCCUGAAAAAGAAGGGUGUUUUUGUAAAGUGAAGAGUAUCUUCAGGGGUAUAUAUGGAAUUUCCUCCAUGUAUAUGUUCUGGUAUACUAGAUUAUGUCCAAUUGAGUACAUUUAGACUUGCCAAUUCUUUGUUACAUCAAAUACAUGUAUGCAAGUGGCAACGGUUUGUUGUUAAUCUUGCUUCGGAUGAUGAGAUUGAUGUCGUGUUUAUCUGUUCAACGCGUGUGCAACACUCCUUGAACACAGUAAAAUGGAAACUGAACCGUUUUAUUUUCUUUUGA